GAAGCCUGGGUUUCGGAAUGGAGCCAGAACGGGAAGGUCGGAGAAGCGAGAGCAGAAAGGCGGUACGGAUGAGUUAUGGCCCUCAGAGGCCCCCGUAGCCCCCCAUCUCCCCAAGCUUUUGGGCUCCUGCAGUCACCUGGUGCUCAGCCCACCCGGAAGCAGGUUCGCCCCGCCCCACGUGGGCCCCGCCUCUGGGCAGUACCACCCGAAGCCUUCCCCGGACUAUCCUAGGUUCCCGGAGCGCGUUCCCCAUGGCUCUUUACGAGGAGGUGUGUGUGUCCGGCUUCGAGGACUUCACCCGGGCUGUGGAGCAGCACAAAGGCAAGACCAUUUUCGCCUACUUUACCGGUUCUAAGGACGCCGAAGGGAAAAGCUGGUGCCCCGACUGCGUGCUGGCUGAACCAGUCGUACGAGAAGGGCUGAAGCAUAUUAGUGAAGAAUGUGUGUUCAUCUACUGCCAAGUAGGAGAAAAACCUUAUUGGAAAGAUCCAAAUAAUGACUUCAAAACAAACUUGAAAAUAACUGCAGUGCCUACACUCCUUAAAUAUGGAACAGUGAGUAUCUUUUUCAACUAUGUUGGGGCUAUAGUUCACCCUGUCACAACUCUUUUAACUCGUUCUGGAUUCAGAUAUGGAGAGGUCUUGACAUUUCAUCCAAACAUCACAGUGCUGUUCAGAGUGCAUUUGUCCAUCCCCUAUGGACAAUCCCAAUAAACUGUUAGUAAUGUAAAUAUCUAAGUAUUACAUCUUUUUAUGCUUUUUAAAAGUUAUUAAUUUAAAAUUCUAUAAGCUCUGCUCAAGAAAGUUGAUUUACACAUGGUUUCUUAAACACUGGCAUCAAUGGCUGCUUGCCAGUUAACCCAUAAUUCUGGUUGAAAAGGAACUUCUAGUCAUAGCCCUGGGAUUCUAAACUAAAGAAUAGAGGGCAAGGGGGUGGCACUGGACUUGCUGUCUCCUGUUUUAGUCUAAGUUUUGAGCCAAGUAUUUUAAUGACUGAACUUAGAGCAAAUAUCUUAAGUGUUUCAUAAAACUUGUUACAACUAGUUAAUAGUUUCUGAAUGGCGUACUUUCUGUUUAAAUAUUUGUGUCAUUCAAGGCUGAACAACUCUAUCCCCUCCUAAUAACAUUUUUAUAGCUGUGGGUUACGAUUUGACUGUUCUCUUACAGCCUCAAAAACUGGUAGAAUCUGAAUGUCUGCAGGCCAACCUCGUGGAGAUGUUGUUCACUGAAGAUUAAGAUUUGAUUAUGACAGUUGUGUCUUGAUUUCCUGAUUUAUUCUAGUAUAAAAGAAAUUGCAUGCUUGCUUUGAAUUCAUGUUAGGCAUAAAUAAAUGAUGAUUUUAAAAAAUGGCAUGUCUAAACAUUGGAGUGCUAUAAAAAUG